AUGGCCCCUCGCUUGAGUCAAAGACUGGCUAAGAAAGAAGAAGCAAUGAUUCAAGAAGCUAUUGCGAAGAGUGCUGCUGGCGGAGCCACAACAUCACUGUCAACGGAUGCUGGCGCACAGAAUUCUACAAACAACGUUGAUUCAAUUUCUCCAUCUGAGCCCGUUGCGGAAGCGGUGGCCACUGCGAGUGACAAUCUCAACCUCCAAGAGCACACCGGUCUAGAAAUGGGAGCUGCUAUGCAGAACUUGACUGAGGGUACUAGCAUCGCUAAUUCAGGGCCUAGCAUGGAGAAUAGUAAUACGCUGGUUCCUGUAUUGCCUGCGGAAACUGUUGUCACAAGCUCCACCACUGUGCUUGAUGGCCCCAAUCUUACCGAUGCUGCCGCUGCGCCCAUGAUUGACGGACAAGAACCGUCUAUUGUCACAACGCGAAAGCGCAAAGCGGAACGUAUAAUCACCCAGGAAAGACGUGUUAUGCCCAAGAGACUUGCUGCUACCAAAGCCGCAGGUAGCUAUGCAAUGGACACUAACAUUGUAGAGGAUGGUGCAGAAAGUCCUCAACCCGCUCAGACGUACAGCGGUCGCCCGAAACGCAAAAGAGCUGAUAGAUCUCUUGCUACCAUUGCCUCCGCGUCAGGCUCACAAGAUGCGGUUUUGGAUGACUCCGAUCAGAGUGAAGCCGUAAAGACAUCACCAAAGAAACGGAAGUCAAAGACUUCUGUAAAGUCUGAGCGGAUGAAACCGGCUGUUAGGAACACCCGUUCUGCAUCCAAAAACAAUAUACUGGCUGUGCCGGUUGCUGAUGAUGAUGAGAACGAUGAAGACUUUAGUCCCGAUAGCAGAAGGUCAAAGGAAAAACAAGCAGCAGAAAAUAAGUUGGACAAGACAAACACCGCCAAGACUGCCAAGACGGGCAAGGCUUCCGAAACGGGCAAGACUACCGAAACAGGAAAGACCCCUAAGAAGGUUGUCCGCAUUACUGGCGAGUUCACCAACAAGUUCAAGGUCAAGCUCGGUUUCACCCCGUUCCCGAAGAACACCAGACCCUCAAGACAAAGCUGUCACGAUGUAUUCGAUAUUCUCAAGAAACAUCAUGAGCGGGAUAGCAUCAAGCUUGAGCGGUACGCAGACGAUGCAAAUAGUGUGCCAAAUACCGGCGCUCAAGGUCCAAUGCAUGCAGGACAGGAUGUGAUCUUCCACGCUAUCGUCAAGACAAUACUGAGUCAGGCAACCAACAAUGAGAAUGCUCUAACCGUUGAGCUGUCAUUGAUUCAUCGUUUCCGAUAUGAUUUCCUCGGAUGCAAGGUGAAGGGCACAUCCCCAAACUAUCAUAUGUUACGCAAAGCUCCACAUGCUGCCAUUGCAAAGGCACUUGCUGCUGGUGGUCUACACAAUAUGAAAGCAAAACAGAUCUUGGCUUGUCUCAACUAUGUCCAUGCCAGGAACAUGGAGCUUGCAACUGAGGAGCAGCGGUUGGAAGCUGAACAGAUAGAAAAUGGGGAAAAGACGGACUUCAUACCCGGAAUGCUUUCUCUUGACUAUAUGAAGUCCAUGAGUAUGCAGGAGAAAUUCGAUCACCUUGUGAGCAUGCCAGGUGUCGGACCAAAGACAGCAGCAUGCAUUCUCUGUUUCAACUUUGAGGACCCUGUCUUUGCUGUUGACACACAUGUCUUUCGUCUCAGCAAGAUGCUUCGCUGGCUGCCUUUGAAUACUACAAACCGCAUUCACGCCUUCAUGCAUCUCGACAAGAGGGUCCCGGAUGAGCUCAAGUAUGGACUUCAUCAAGCAUUCUGGCAUCAUGGACAGGGCUGUAUCCGCUGUCGGGCAGGAACAGACCAGAAUACAAAGGGAUGGAACGAGAUGGUGUGCCCGAUCGAGCAUCUAGUAGACCGUGCACUCAAGGAUCCCGUCAAGAUCAAGAAGCCCAAGCAGGAGAACGAUGAGGAUGGAGAGAAGCCCAAGAAGCCCAAGCAGGUCAAGAAACGACCAACAGUUUACCCGCAUUCCAAGCUCACUGCAGAAGAAGCAAAGGAACUGGGCUAUGAGCUGCGCACUAUUACGGUAGAUGAUGGAUAUGGUGUUCGUCGGGCCAAUGUUACUGGCAAGGUGCUUUUGAAAUGGGUAUUGAUGUCCGAUCGUGAUGCUAUAGAGCACACUGAUCGUAAGGCAACUGCAGAAGACAUGAGGGAGGAGAUUAGUGGAGCAGAGGAGGAAGGUGAACUUUCGGAUGAGGAAUGA